AUGGAUGGUUGUGGGCUAACCGGUGGUAUUUCACGUAGCGGGGAGGACGUCUUUGUGAAAUGCCCCUCACUGUCUGAGACAUCAGACGAGGCAGCCUCGGGUUGGGAUGAGGCCAUGCUGAAGAAAAAUGGGCCUGAGGUGGCAAAUUUUGAUUUCGAUGUCGCAGUAGCUCUGGUGGGGCUAAUUUCAAGUGUGGAAUCUGCGUCAAGGUGGUAA